ACUGACUGCCAAGUUCUCUCCUCUUUGACUUCUUCUUCACCCUUUUCUUCUCCUCUACUCGACAACCCAUCCCCUCUCUUUUUCUUCCUCCCUUCUUCCCCCUUUCUUCCUUAAUGGAGUUGAGGUGGAACUUGAUGAGCUCAACACCCCUCCCCUCAACCUUAAAGAUUAAACCUAUGAUCUUUUGUGAACAUCCAUGACCAUUUAUGUGGUUUACUCUUGUAACUCUGUUACCCGUUAUUCCAUUGAAAAUUGUUGCAACCGAAGGGAUCAUUAUCAUCAAUCAGACAAGAGUAUGGGGACCAUAUGUUGCAAAUUCUGGACCAUAAUUCUUUUAUCUCAAUCCUAGAAAAUGGAAAUCCGGCUGUUCUCUCUUCGGAGACCUUCCGCUGCCAUGUCGCCGCCGAUUCUUCAGAUGCAUCUAUCAAUCAAUACACCUGCGUCAUCCCUCUUAUCCUUCUCAUCCCAGAUUGUGUCUGACCCCACCCACUUAUUCCUCACAUCCAGUUUCUCUCGUCUCUCAAUUGCUAAACCACCCCCAUCAACGACAAUUCGCAUGGGCGGAGGUCCAAGAACAUUCCCCGGCGGCGUUUCCAAGUGGCAGUGGAAACGGAUGCAAGCAAAGAAGGCCAAACAACUCCUCCGAGCUCGGCUCGCCCGUGAACGCCAGGUUUACGAAAUGCGAAAAAGGGCUGAGCUAAGCGCCGCCAUUUCGGAGCUCGAACGGCCGUGGGAAGUCGUAGAGAAAGCCCCGAAGUUGUUCUCCACUAGCGCCGAUGAGCAAUUGAAGGUUUUGGCUGACCGGUUUCAGAAACCGGGUGGGUUCGAUUUAUGGUCCGAGAAAGAUGGACCCCAGUUGUUUGAAACUGUAGAUGGUAUUCCUUCCGCUAGGUUUUUCCCAAAAGGGGUUGUUCAUAGCAUCAAACCAUACGGAAGAAUCACUGAUGGGUAUUCGCCUGAAGAACCCGAUUUGGUUCAUAGAGAUGAACAUAAUGAGAAAUCCAGGAAAUUUGAGAAAAACAAUACAGGUAUUGGGUAUCCCUUUCCGGAUGAUGAUUCGGGUUUGAUUCUCAGAAAUGGGCAUGACGAGAGUUCAACAAACGCAAAUGCGAAAUCCACGAAAAAGGAUAGUAGAAGGAGAAUUCGUACAGGGUUGGAUUCGGGUCGAGAUGGAGUCAAUCAGAAAGAUAGUGGGAGUAUUUGGAGAAAAGAUAGAAAGAGGGGAAAUGGUAGAACAGAACACUCUGCUUCAAAUUCAGAAGUGUUUGAUAUGAGUUUGCAAGAUGAUGGAAGCUAUGGAAUUUUAAAAGAGGAAAUGAAGAUUACAAAGAAUAGACAAGAGCAUAGAGGAAAUGAAAUCUGUUGAGAAACAGUUACAUAUAAAGACUUAACAUCGUCUUGGUGAAUUGGAAAUCAGUAAUGAAGCAAAUAUAGAAGAUGAGACAAAGCCAUGGACAAGAAGAACAUAUAGGUGUAGAGUAUUGAUAGGGAGUGGUGCGGUAGAGGGAGCGCGGUUUUGCCACAUAAGCAGCGAACACCGCCCCCAACCGCCCCCAGGGUGCGGUUUGAGUGCGGUUCGAACCGCAGUGCGGCAAAAAAUGACCGCAGCUUGUCAUUGGGUGGGAAUAAUUUGACUAGCUUGUGAUUGGUUGGGGAGAAAUUAAAGUUUUUAUUUAAAUUAAUUUUUUUUUAAAAUAAAGUGUGGCACCACUCCUUGGGUGUGGCAAAGAACCGCACUUUUGUGGUAAAAUUGACGUGGCGUUUACGUGGCAACGAAGGGAGUGCAGUUUCGGUGGCACCACCUUAUAGGUAAAUGAAGUUAGACCAGAAGUUUGUAACACUCAAAAAUGGCCCAAAAUUUGGGAAAUGAUGAAAAGACCUUGUAUAGUAGUGAAGCUAUGAUGACAUCAAAAGCCAGUGGAUUGAAUGACGCAAGUCAACUCCAAUAGUGAUUCUCAACAUCCAUUGAGUGCUUUGUUCAUAGUCAAAUACUUUUAAGAGGAAAAGUCAAAUUGCAAUUAAAUUCAAUGAUGAAAAUCAA